AUGUCCGAGAUUGUUCGAUCUACGUCUCAAGAUAAACCUCUCGAGAUUGGUGGUUACGAGAUCAGUGGGACUGGGUCGCGAUUAUAUCCACAUUCCGCUAAGGCUGCAUUUGCACAUGUGAAUGAUGCUGGAGCGCCGCUACCCACCUCACCACCAGUCGAGCAUUUCGGUUCGGUCGAGCCGUCUCCGCUCGGGAUGUCCGGUGUUCACGCACAGAUACAGACACAAGCUAAUCAUCAUGGCAUCCAACAACCAUGGCUUGGAAACCGUUCCGACAUGUCGCAAUCUCAAUCACCGCCCGCUCUUUCUUCAACAAGCCCUUUUAUGGCCUGA